UCCCUUGUCCUGUCUCUGUUGUUUUCCAAACAUCCUACUUGGUCCUACAAAUAAUCCGUAUUUUUCAAUCAUUUUCUGAAAUCUCCGAUCUCUCUGGACUUCUACUUUGAAGCUGCCUUCUUCAGAAUUGUGCUGCUAAAAUCUGGAAAAUUAGCCUAAUUUGAUAUUUGGACACUUUGAUAUAUGCGUCAUGCGUGAAUUUGGAUAUGGGAGCAUAUUUUACUAGAUAUAUGGCGGAAUUAGGGCGGUACUGUAAGUUUAUGAUUUGCGUAAUAGGAUUUCGUUAAGUGGAAUAUAUGUUACUCUAACACGGAUACCGUUUGUUGAAAUUUCACAAUUUUAGCCGAAAAUGAAGUGUGUUGAAGAGUAUUUCAUUGCCGGAGUGUCAAGGAUUCUCAUGGGCACUUGAGUUGAGAUGAAGAGUCCCAGUAACAUGAGGUGGAAACUUUUUGUUUAAUGUGCAUGAAAAUUUAUGUCGCAAGAUUUUUUUAUUGAAAAGUUAUUUUCCUACUUAAUUACAUAUCUAAUUUUGCAAAACAUAUCUUGAUCACUAUGACAUCUGAAAUUGUCCCAUCUAUUCCAAUACAUUUCGUAAUUCCAUGUUGAAUGGACUGUGAAGAAUUUUCCUCUAGAAAAUGAUCAAGUAUGAGGAAUCAGAAAGUGAUGUAGGAACUGAGAUCUGAUGACAGCCUCUACUCUCAGCAGCUUCGUUUACUACACUUGUGUAAGAUAACAACGAAAUCUGCCUCAAGAAAAAUUAGGAGCUGCAGUAGCAGGUUUCCUGCACACUUUGUUCUUCCGUCCUCUUUGGCUAUUUGUAAGCAGAAAAAUGACAAGAUUUUGUGUCCUAGUGUCAUGGAUCACUGCUUGAGGCAGGAACACAUGGUCCUCUUCGUUUACUUUUCUUACUAGAAGAAAAUAAUUUGGAAAACAGUGAAUUCUGAGUUGAAAGGUUUCUCAAGCUAAGUAGAUGGAGGAUUGGCAGAGUGGCUCUGGUCUGAGAAGUAAUUCUAAAUUGGCUAGUGUUACCUCUCAGAAAAUUACAGCCAAGGUUGCUUCCGUUCCAAAGACUUUGACACAGAAGUCUCUUGAUCAUAUUGCUUUUAAAGAUCGUGCAGUAAGAGGAGUUGCUGCUGAUGUAGGCUUUUUUCUGCUAAAAGUUGCUGUUCUGGAAACUACAAGGAGGUUAUCAAGCGCUAAGUGUCCAUUUGCAUGGCGUAGUCUUCAGGCAUUCCAAAUGCUAUGCUAUCCACCAUUUAAAUGGAUCAAAUGGGCGCCCUUCAAAGGCUUGGUGCAUGGUAUGCAGAUGUUGUCACGACCAUUGUUAGUCCUCUGCAUAGCAACAGCUUUCUCUGACAAAUCAGAUCAGGUGAGCUCUACGGAUGAUCACCAUGAUUCUCAUGUACUUGAGAAUUUGGAUGAAGACUUGCCUUCUGUACAGCCCUAUGUUGAUGUUAGGAACAAUGAUGAAUCUUCUAUUAGUCCAUCAUCAGAAGAUUGGUUGCUAAAACUCUACAAAGAGCUAGAAAAUCAAGGGAUCAACUUACCAGACAGGAUCGAUGAGAGUGAGCUACGAAGAUUUUACAGCUCUGCCAAUGGUGACUUUUCAAGCCUGCUUUCGUCAAUUAAGAAGACAAUUCGUUGGAGAGAAACAUAUCACAUUCUAUCGGAACCGGAACUUAAGGGGUGGUCUGACAUAGUCUUCUGGCAUGGCUAUGAUCUGAGACACAGACCUUGCUUGAUUGUACGACUUGGUGUAGCUUGCACCAAUAUGCCAACUCGGGAUAGACCUCGAAUUGCUCAGGCGAUUGUUUCUCAGAUGGAGCAUGGUAUCCUGCAUUUGGCUGAUCGUGAAAGUCCUGGAAUUACGGUAGUGGUAGAUUGCAAAGGUUUAUCCCCUUUUAGACUUCCAGUGCAGAUGAUAAGAUCCUGCUCUCUGCUCUUUCAAGAUCACUUUCCACACUGUCUUGGUGGUUUAUAUGUCAUUCGGCUUCCUCAUGUAAUUCGGGUGAUGGCACAAACUGUUAUGAAAGUUCUAAAACCAGUCACUCAACAAAAGUUGAAAUUUUUUGGGGAACAGUACCACGAGAUUCUUUUUGAGUUUUUUCAGGAAAUUCCAGCGUGUCUUGGUGGUGAAUGCAAAUGCUCAGUGUGCUCUAGUGCAAUUUCCCACAACAAUCAGCGCUAUCCUUCUAUAGAAGUGGCAAGUCAACUGCUUGCAGAUGGACUUAAUGGCGAAAGUGUUGAUCUUGAUUUUCUCAGAUCUGAAAUCGAUGUUCGUCAUAGCUUUGAUCAGGUGCUAAGAACUGGUAUGAUUGGUUUUCUUAUGUUAUGUGUGCUUGUUGCUUUGCUUGCGGGAUUAUAUGACUCUGAUAGCCGUCCAAACAUAUUCUUGUGAGGUAAGAGUGAGCUUUAUGUUUUGGAUCUGCCAAGCCGAUUCUAUUUCUAGAAGAUAUCUAAUAUGCCCAUGAUUGCUUUCAAAUUUCAACCAUGAGGCACUGGAGCUUUAGCUUGUUGAACAUUUUGUCAGAAAAGCUGGGUUGUAUAUUAUAUACUUGUGAGACAGUGAGAGAGACGAAUACCGAGGACCCUGGUGAAUUAGCGUGGCUUUCACUGUAAAUGAAAUUCCUUUCCUCUACUCCAAACCUAAGCGGGAUCCUUGAGUUAAGCAUAGCUGCAUAGGGAACAUUAUUUGAGUGAAAUACUCGUAUAUGUUAAAAGGGAGUUUGUAGGAAGUCCAAAGUUAGCAUAUCUGACUUCCAGAUGAUGUUUAUAUUUUCUGAAGUCUGAACCAUUAUGAUUAGAGGGGUGUAUAUCAUGUAUUCCUGUGAAGGUGCUGUUUUCAUACUUGAAUAAUUUCACCCUGGUUAGAGACGGCAGAUGUGCCAUUUUCAUAUACUUCGUAUGAAUUACUUUAGUACUUGGGAGUGUAUAGCAGUAUAUAUUUUUAUUGAACUUAUCUGUGUCUAUUUACGAAGUAUAUUCCCUCUCUUUCAUAAAUUCCUCAGUAGAAAGGGAAUAUACUUCGUAUCACUCAAGUUUAUAAGAAGUUUGCCUAUUGUUGACUCU